UUUUUUUUCUAACUGAUUAACGUCUCAGUACAGCAACAUGUAGACUCAUUAGUUAAUGUUAUCCAUUUGAAUACUGCCCGACCCAAAAGUCCGAAUGAUAAGUUUAUCAUUUUCAACAAGGCAUUGUUUAGACUCAGUUUAUGGACACUUUCAGUAGAAACGUGAGCCUUUUUGUCAAAUGGGAAGUAGCAACUUAAGACUGGCUGUAGUGUUUGUGGAUGGAGCGUCCACCUAAAGGAUACUCCGGACGACAUAUAACAUGUAGCUUGACACAGUCAAUAGGUUUCAUUGAUGUUUAUUUACCUAUGAAGACUUUCAUUUGAACUAGUUAAGAGAAAUGACGUUAACUUUCAAUGAUUCCGAUCUACUUCUUUCGUGCAUUGUCGUAAACUUCCAUGCAUGUAACAGCAAUCCACAUUUACUAUGUAAGAACUGAUGGUAUUAUGUAAUUACCAAAACUUUGGAACGUGGUUUCAAGGGGAAAUCAAUUGUACGGAAUUGAGAUUCUCAGAGUACUGAGCCACCUUUCUAAAGCAAAGCUUAUAUUGAGGUGGUUUGUUUAUUUAUUUAGAUGGCACUCAAAAGUAAUAGGAAAGUUUAGUUUUAAUUCGCUUGUCACAUCAUCUUUUAAGUUCAUUGUUAAUCAUGACUGGAGUUUUAACCGAACUAUGUUGUGCAGUUUUUAUUCCUUAGUGUUUCGAAGUAGUUGAUUGCAUUGAUUGAAGAUUAAAAGUAACAUUAGACAGCAAAUAAGGUGUAUUGAGAAAGUUAUAUUUCAUAACGAUUUCGAAUGAUUCCUGAUUCGUAAAUCAAGAUAGUAGUAGUAGUAAUACUGUUUCAUUGCCUACAUUUCAUACAUAAUAUUAUGCAUGCUUUAAGUGUUUUCACUGAAUAACAUUGCCUUCUAAAAUUUCCUUGCUUUUUGAUUUUAGAAAUGAAGGCUCAUUCUGGUUCAGCAUUACCUCCAGGAUCAGUUCUAAUACAGUCAGGUCAGACGAUCUCUCAGGGUGCAAAUAUGGCAACUAUGCAAACAAACAGUGUGACAAGUGUUCCACAGAAUCUCCAAGUAUGGGCACCAUCACCGCCUGGACCUAUAGCAGUUUCAGGCAUGGGACAACCAAGGAAUUCAUCUAACUUAGUUACUCUUCCCUCUGGACAAACAGUACUGAUGGCUAAUUUAGUUACAACUGCAACCACAUCACCGAUGUCACUGCCUACUUCCACUCUUGGUCAACAGCAAAUCCAAGUUCCACCGGUUAUUGCACCUGGAAACCCUAUUGUAUUACCAACUCCUACGCCUAAUGGGCCAUUAACUACACAGCUUACUAAUCCUACUGUUAUACAUGGUCCGAAUGGCCCAAUGUCUAUGGCUUUACCAGGUGGAAUAAUAAGUAGCAAUCCGUUAAACUCCUUUAAUAAUCCAUCAAAUGCUUUUGUUUCCACUGCAUUAGGAAACAUGGCUACUGAUCAACCUGUACAUAUCGCCCAGAUUGUUGACAAUCAGUUGCAUCCGGGAACAGCAUGUUUCACUUCAAAUGCUGGGUUUCAGGGAAUGGCCCCUAUGAACCAAAUGAUUUUGGACUCUUCGGGUUUUAACCUUGGGACUGCUCAGUCGCCAAAUAAAUUGAUUAAUAUGUCUCCUGUUAAACCUCAGACAUUAGUAUCUUCUUCUAUGCAACCUGUUUCCACCAGUUCCAAUUCAUUCAACACUACUGAAAAUAUUCCAAGAAGUUUGUCAGUCAGUUUUUCGUCUGACAUUGAAAUGUCACAGUCAGAUUCAUCGAUUUCCCAGGCAGCUAUCGUUUCAAGUACUCAGAAUUUACCUGUUCAAGAAAUAAUACCACAAUCAGUUCAAGAGGAUAGUUCAUUGACAACUGUGGAAAACAGUGUAUCCGCUUUAGUACCAGUUACUACCAAUUCCCUACCUGAAGAAAUACCUAGUACGACAGAAAAUAAUCAAACAAAUAUUGACUCCAGUUGUGCUAUCGGUGAACAGGUGACUUCGGUUUUCACAGGAAAUUCAUUGUCAGAGUUGUUAACUGAGAUGGAGCCACACUUACAACUAGAUCCUGAUGUUGAAGAGGUUAUGACAAAUUUAGCUAAUGAAUUUAUAGCGAACUGUGCAGAAAAAGCUCAGAAAAUUGCUUCGCAUAGAGGUUCAUCAAGUGUUGAGGGAAAAGAUAUUGUAUUUUGUAUGGAACGUGAAUGGAACAUUAUUGUACCAGGUUUUGUCUCUGAUGAUCAUCGGCCUGUACGUAAAAAUUUAACCACUGAAGCUCAUAGACAACGUUUAGCCUUGAUUAAAAAACAAAUUAAAAAGAUGUAAAAAGCAUAACUUUAUUAUUAUUAGAAGAAAAACAAAAUACUGUACAGUUGUCUUCUUUAUCUUAUCUUCUACUCAUUUACUUUGAAUAUGCAAUGCUCACUUUCUUCUAUUUGUUAUGACAAAACCAUCUGCUCAAUUCCCCCUACUCCCAACCAAUACUACUGUCUUUUAAAUUCUGUUUUUUUGUAUGUAUACUUUCUUUUCAAAUAAGAAAAAAACAGAUCUCAA